AUGGCUUCCACAUCAACAGCAGCAACACCAUCCUCAGAACAGCAGCAAAAGCUCGACCUCGCCAUCACCCUGCUCAUCAACUCAUGGCCCGCGCUAAACCUCGCCGUGCAAUCAUCCUGGGGCGGACCCAACUCCGCAGACAAGCGGGACUGGCUCUGCGGCGCCAUCUCCGACAUUUUCAUGACUCGCCCGGAAACCGACUCAUAUGACAUCGAAGACAUCCUAGUGCAAGUGCUUAGUGAUGAGUUCGACGUCGCGGUGGACGAUGGCUCGGCGGGGAUGGUUGCCGAUCAGAUCAUGAACGUCAAGGCGCGUAUUGAGAUGGGUGACUAUCAAGAGGUGGACAGAUUGUGGGCUGAAUAUAAGGAGAAGCGAGAGAGGAAAGGGGCGGAGCAGAAUUUAUUCAAACAUGUUGAUACCAAGGAUGAGGAUCAGGAAACGGAUGAUGACGACGAGGAGGAUAGUGACGACGACGAAGAUAUGCAAGAUGCGCCUUCGUUGGUGACUCGACCUCCUACGCAAAGGGUUGAGCCGGAGGUUGAUGAGGAUGGAUUUACCAAGGUGGUUGGGAAGAAGAAGCGAUAG